UCCAAAAUUCAGUGACAAGGGAAACAUGGUGUCAUUGAAAGAGCAAAACCCCAUUUACGAUAUCAAAAUCUCUAGCGUCGUUCCUGGGAUUAUAUCUGGGAACAAUGCGUUUCAGGAGCUAACUCCCAUGGACCUAUCCAUGAAGCUGCACUACCUUCGAUUCGUCUACUAUUUCACAGCUCCAGCGUUUGAUGGCAUGACAACAAGGAACAUUAAGGAAACAAUGUUCAUUUGGUUAAGCUAUGCCUAUAUCCCAUGUGGUCGAUUUAGAAGGACAAACUCAGGUCGUCCAUUCAUAAAAUGCAAUGACAGCGGGUUGCGAAUCAUCGAAGCCAGGUGUCAUCUAAACCUCGAUGAAUGGCUCAAAUCUAAAGAUGAUUCGAGAGACAGGCUUCUUGUUCCUAACAACGUUAUUGGCCCCGAUCUAGAGUUUUCUCCAUUGGUUAUGAUACAGUUAACUAAGUUUAAAUGUGGGGCCACAUCAGUUGGGAUGAGUUGGUCCCAUGUACUUGGUGAUGUUUUUUCCGCUGUGACAUUCAUGAGACUAUGGGCUGAAGCCAUUGUUCACCAUUACCCUGCACAACCACUCACUAUGGCUCAACAACAAACUCAAACAUAUAAUAUCAAAAGCCUAAACUCGAGCAAAGAUCUAUUUUCUAUAAAACAAAUUGGCCCAGUUGGAGAUCAUUGGUCUACUUCAAAUAAUACUAAAAUGGAAACCUUUUCCUUUCAUAUUUCGAUGUUCGAAUUGAUUCGAUUGCAAGCGAAGAUAUGUCAAGAGAAAUCUGGGCCACAAGUUCCUUUAUUCGAAUGUAUUUGCGUUGUACUUUGGAAUUGCUUAGGAAAAAUUAGACAAGGGUUGGGAUUACAAACUGUAACUGUAUGCAAAAGUGACUUCGGAAACAGAACCAAAGGAAUUAUUACAAAUAAAAGUCAAACAGUUGGUGUUGUCAAAACGGAUAUUCCAAUAGAUGAAUGUAACCUUAUGCAACUAGGGUUGCUGAUGAUGAAUCAUGUAGUCGAUGAGCGAAUGAAAAUUGAAGAAGUAAUGAAGAUGGAUGAUAAGCUUCCCGAUUUUCUCAUUUAUGGAGCGAAUUUGACUUUUGUUGAUCUAAGUGACGUCUCGUUUUAUGAAUUUGAAGUGAGAGGACAAAAACCAUUUUAUGUAAACUGUUUUAUUGAUAAUAUUGAUGAUGAAGGUGUAGUUUUGGUCCUUCCAACACCAAAAGGAUGCUCCGAUGGAAGGAUAGUGAGCAUAACCUUGCCGGAGAAUAAGGUGGUCGACCUUAAAAUGGUACUUAAGGACGAUUGGCAAAUUGAAUAAACAUCUAAUGGUAGAUGUAUUUUCAUGAAUUGGGUUUUUAAUAUUUAUUUAUCUUGUACCACAUAUAGCAAAAUUUAUCUUUUUUAAUAAGUAAAUCUUUUAGUA